AUGUAUCAGGCAGCUUGUUACUUCGAGUCAACCUUGGUCGCAAAGUCCUGCAAUCCAGAUAUUACAUUAACUGAAGACCGCAUUGCGGCUUCAGCGAGGUAUUUUGGWCCCAGCUGCAAAGCUGGUCCUUGGGUGCCAGAUCGUAAACAGGAUCGCAUUCUCAAGGAUCGGUAUCCAUCAUUGUGCCAAAUGUGCUAUAAUCCAUAUAGCUGCGACGACACGGACAAGCAUUGGGGCCGACGUGGAGCACUCUAUUGUCUGACAAGUGGCGGCGGUAGCGUCUCCUGGGCACGCCUUGACGAUACGCGCAGUCAUUUUGGGCUGGCAGGUCUGGAAGCACAGGACGAUCCGACUAAAUACAGCUAUCUCUGUCCAGACGGACACUUGCAGCCAAUCAAUGUUACGCAUCCCUGCAUUUGGGUAUCCAAGCCAUGGCCUGUGGUGGCUGCACGUCGCUCGCAUGCCGCUCAGGUGCAGCGUCUGGUUACUGGACUCACACACGACGAGCCGCAGAGCUGGCAAAACGCGCUGCUUAGCUUGCUGGAGACAUACCAUGUGUUUACUGUGCCWCUGGACAACGUCAUCUCUAUAGAUGACUAUCUGGAUCAGGCUAUUGGCUUUCAGUCGGCCUACAGUUUCCCCGAGUGCAAUCCCCCACGCUCGAUUGUCGUCUGCACAACAUCGAUYAUCGAGCAUAUUAAGUGCUCUUGGUUGCAGGAGGCAUCCCAAGUAUAUGGCGUCGAGCCGAACAUUCAGUGCAUACGCACGACAAACUUAGAGCAGUGUAUGGAAGAUACUCGUUACAAGAGCGCCGAUGUUCUAAUGGUUAACCAAGAGCAAMGGGUUCAAGCUCAAAGGGAUUACGGCUUGACGCCGUUGCUUUUCGAGUUCGCAGAGCAAAUGCACGAUCGCUAUGUAAUAAUUGCGCUAGUACACAAGGAUUCCAAGUUUAAAAGUUUUACGGACUUAAAGGGCGCUCGAGCUUGCCUGCCCAGCUAUGAGGGUGCUGCCCAUCUCUCUGUGCUAGAUACCAUUGUGAACGCCACCGGAAAAGUACAGUCAGUGAAUUCAUAUUUCAGUCACGAAUCUUGCCUCUGGCAUCCGCAUCGUGGUCGUCAGUGUCCGCCGCAUUAUCAUGGCGAUGAGGGCGCAUUCCGUUGCCUGGCCGAGGGUGCCGAUGUGGCUUUCCUCAGCUCCGAUGUCUACAAGAAAUAUAUUAGUGGCAAUUUAACAUCCGACUGGUUGGCGCGAGGCACACCCCAGUCUUACCGCCUGUUGUGUCCUUACGGCGGCAUUGAACGCCAUUCAAGGUUUGAGUACUGCUAUCUACACUGGACGCCGCGUGGCCAGCUGGUGACGCACAAUUCAUCUCUAACACGGCACAACGAGAUCUACAACUCGCUGCGCGACAUGGAUCAUUUGUUUGGCAAGAAGCCGAAGACAGACACACGCCCAUUUUCGCUCUAUGGCAUCUUCGAUAGGCGCACUGACAUCUUAUUCCACGACAGCACGGAUGCACUAUUAAGCGCGCAUGAGCUGCAGCGAGACGACGCCAAGCGUUCCAUGGAGCACAUAUAUGCCCGUUACAUAUCGCAGUACUACGCCUCAAAACACGACGACGACAGCGGCGCGCAUUUAGGUAUCCACAGCAGCUUUGUUCUCUUGUUGGCUACGAGCACUUGGUGGCUGAUGCAACGCUUAUAA